CACAACCAGUGGUUGAUGAGAGAAUAAGAAAAUAAUAGGCAGACUUUGGUCAGGCAGGGUAGAUGCUGUUCCCGUUGGUGUAAGGACCUCCAGGUCCUUGGCUCUGGAGCGGGCUCGGACGGAGCGAGAGAGAGGCCAAGAUGAACCUGGAGUUGCUUGAAUCCUUUGGGCAGAACUAUCCAGAGGAAGCUGAUGGCACACUGGACUGUAUUAGUAUGGCCCUCACCUGUACUUUUAACAGGUGGGGCACUCUUCUGGCAGUGGGAUGUAAUGAUGGCCGGAUUGUCAUCUGGGACUUUUUGACCAGAGGCAUAGCAAAAAUCAUAAGUGCCCAUAUCCACCCAGUCUGUUCAUUAUGUUGGAGUCGAGAUGGUCACAAGUUGGUGAGCGCAUCUACUGAUAAUAUGGUAUCUCAGUGGGAUGUACUGACUGGAGAUUGUGACCAGAGGUUUCGAUUCCCUUCACCUAUCCUGAAGGUCCAGUACCAUCCACGAGAUCAGAACAAGGUGUUGGUAUGUCCUAUGAAGUCAGCCCCAGUCAUGCUAACACUGUCUGAUUCAAAACAUGUAAUUCUGCCAGUGGAUGAUGAUUCUGAUCUAAAUGUGGUGGCUUCUUUUGACCGGCGAGGGGAAUAUAUCUAUACAGGGAACGCUAAAGGCAAGAUUUUGGUCUUAAAGACGGACACUCAGGAUCUUGUUGCUUCUUUCAGAGUCACAACAGGCACCAGCAACACCACAGCCAUUAAAUCUAUAGAGUUUGCUAGGAAAGGAAGUUGCUUUCUAAUAAAUACAGCUGAUCGAAUAAUCAGAGUCUACGAUGGUCGGGAAAUCUUGACCUGUGGUAGAGAUGGAGAACCAGAGCCAAUGCAGAAACUGCAGGACUUAGUGAACAGGACACCUUGGAAGAAAUGCUGUUUCUCUGGUGAUGGGGAAUAUAUUGUUGCAGGGUCAGCACGUCAGCAUGCUUUGUACAUCUGGGAGAAGAGCAUUGGAAACCUAGUGAAAAUCCUUCACGGCACCAGAGGGGAGCUGUUGCUGGAUGUAGCAUGGCAUCCUGUCCGACCUAUUAUCGCUUCCAUUUCCAGUGGUGUUGUAUCCAUUUGGGCUCAAAAUCAAGUGGAAAACUGGAGUGCCUUUGCACCUGAUUUUAAGGAGUUGGAUGAAAAUGUAGAGUAUGAAGAGCGGGAAUCUGAGUUUGACAUAGAAGAUGAAGAUAAGAGUGAACCAGAACAGACAGGUGCUGAUGCAGCAGAGGAUGAGGAAGUGGAUGUAACCAGUGUAGACCCUAUUGCUGCUUUCUGUAGCAGUGACGAAGAACUGGAAGACUCCAAAGCUCUGUUGUAUUUGCCUAUUGCUCCCGAAGUGGAAGACCCAGAAGAAAAUCCCUAUGGUCCUCCACCAGAUGCAAUCCAGACUGCCCUACCUGAUGAGGGACUAGGUUCUGAAAAGAAGAGGCAGUCACUGUCUGAUGGACCUCAGCCACCAAAGAAGAAGCCCAAAACAACCAAUAUAGAACUGCAGGGAGUACCUAAUGAUGAAGUCCAUCCGUUGCUGGGUGUGAAGGGAGAUGGUAAAUCCAAGAAGAAGCAAGCAGGCAGGCCUAAAGGAUCAAAAGGUAAAGAGAAAGAUUCUCCAUUUAAACCGAAACUCUACAAAGGGGACAGAGGUUCUUUACCUCUGGAAGGAGCAGCGAAGGGUAAAGUGCAGGCGGAGCUGGGACAGCCUUUGCCAGCAGGUGGUGGGAUCUCAGAACUCUUAUGAAGACAUCCCCUACCCUACCUACCCUUUAUUUUCUGUCUUGGCACCAUAAUAUGGAAUGAGAUCAAGAUGGUCAGUCAGAUAAUGAACUGACUUUAAGUUAAUAUGGUAAGGACAAGUGACCAUGCUGCCUAUGGAUACAGGGAAUGACUUUUUGACAGAUGCAAAUUAUGGAAGAGGAAAAUUUGGUCUCCCUGAAUGAACCCUUCGUUUUGCUAACAGUGAAAGAUGAUGCUGACUCUCAGGAAAGAAGGUUUGUAUAGAACCUGCUGGAACUGCUUUCUGCUCAGAGCUCCGUAAUUCUAAAGAGGCCUGACACAGGACAAGUACAUCACUAUGCUACCAAGCUGAGGUCUUGCAUUAAGUUUCUGUUACAUAUUCUGGUUCUGAAGAAGUUGAAUACAGAUACUUUGUUUCCAUGAAUACCCGUCACACUGCUUUGGUUCCUAAGCACAUUUCUAUUGAAUUGUCACUGAUUGAAGUAGAUUAUUGUGUGCAUCACUAUUAUCCACUCUGGUUUGUGUAUUUGGUAGACAUGAUAUUAAUGGUCAGGUUCCCUUUGUAUAACUGUGAUGGGGAUUGUUUCCAAGCUGCCUUUCUGCUUGUUUAGAUUGGAAUCAAGUAGCCUGCAGAGAGUGACCAGAUUACAAAGGGGUUUUCAGGGAACAGGUAUUAACUGUAAGAAUUGACGGGUGCAGGAGAGAGGGAUAAGCAACAAUAUAGACAGGAGUGGGAGGGCCUUGGAUAUGGCAUAAAGCAGAAGCACAAGUGAUUUGCACGUCUCGCCAUGUUUUUGCAUCAAAUGCAUACAUCUCCUAGGGAGCUGCUCAGUCACACCCCACUUUGGGAUGUGUAAGGAGAAUCAGCAUCUUCUCACAGGAGAGCCAUGCACCUCUAGACUGCAGAUAAGACAUUGAAGCAUGGCCAUAGAUGAUAUGAGUCACCCUUUACAUUCAUGUUGUUAGAGCUUUGACUUUAGUCAUUUGGCCUGCACUUGAGAGCACUGGUCUCUGCAUUGUCAUUUUCUGCAGUUUGGUUGUUUCACACAAAGGUAUAUUUCCUAAUUUGAGAAAAUUGUUUUUCCCCUUGAGAAUAGAAGAGUAAAAGUUCCUUUCUUCCCCCAGAUCCACAAAAUAAUUUAACAAAAUCCAGAAGAAUGCAUUCAUUAAGAGCUCCCAAAGUCUAGAGGAGGGUCAAGUGUUGAAGAAUGGGUGCUUAAUUGCCAACUGCAAUUAAGUGUUUUAGUUCUAGUGCUUUUCCUUUCUCUGUGUUGUUCUCCAAGGCCUCUAUUCCUCUAAUAAAACGACUUUUAAGUACUACAUGUUGUAUUAUAAAUUGAAUAACAUCUCUGACCUCAGCCUUCCUCUGUCUAAGCCUGCUACCCAUAGUUCUGACUGUUUACCCAAAGACCUGAACGCUGCCUGGGUAACAAUUGCUGUACUGGCCGGGGGUGGGGGUGGGGUGGGGAUGGAAUCCAGCCUUCUUUCACAAGAUUCUCCUGUUCAUUUUCCGUGGUUUAUUUUCUUUCACAUUUUAAAAAUUAUUUUGAUACUCCAAUAGUUUGUACAAAACAAGACAGAUGACAGUUGCCUGCUAGUUAUUUGUAAAGUAAUGCUGUGAUGUUAGCUUCUCUGUUUGUAAAUAAA